AUGCUGCCGGAAGGUCGCAACCGCCCUGCUCCCUCGGAGGAGCAGCCUCUGGCUGCACCUCCGCCUCCAGCGGUGCAUCCGUCGUUUGUUCUGGCGACCAAGGCCUACCUGACUGAACAGGAUAUUCAGAACAGCCUUCGAGCUCUGGAAAUUGAUCCAACUCGUGAGGAAAAUGCUCGCCUUCACGGAGUUGGCUUGAUCGACCGGACCCGCAAGCUACUCAAGUUGCCCAUUGCCACGUUUGAAACGGCAGCCACCUACUUUCAUCGUUUCCGGUUGGUUCACCGAGACGACACUUACUUUCUGAAGGAUGUCGCCGCAGCUGCCCUGUUUGUUGCCUGCAAAACCGAAGACACUCUCAAGAAGUCUCGUGAGAUUGUUUGCGCAAUAUUCAACGUCAAUGCCCCUCCACAUGAACAUAUGACCUCCGAUCACCAGUACUUCGAUAAUGGCUCCCGUGUCAUCAUUUCGCUCGAGAGACUCAUGCUUGAGGCUGCCGGGUUUGAUUUCCGCACUCGCCACCCGCAAAAGCUGAUGCACAAGUUGACCAAGCACUUCAAUGUUCCGAAGGCGCACGGCAUUACUGCGUCCCUGAUUCUACUGGACACAUACCGCACCUACGUUCCACUCAAAAUGGUCCCCGUCACCAUGGCCUUCGCCUCUCUUGAGCUUGCGGGACGUCUCGAGAAUCAGCGGAGCGAGCAGCUAGAGAAGCCAGAGAACUAUGCUCUCUGGCACACCUCUCGUGAAGAAAUCAUGGGCAAGUCAUGCCGUCAAACCCUCUUUGAUCUUCUAGAGAUGUACACUCACUCGCGUGUGGCAACCCACAUCGGCGACAACUACCCCGCAGAUCGGUUCCUCACUGUCCGUAUCCCUCUCAAUCAGGAAGCCAAGGAGAAGAAUUACCCCCGGUACACUGGCUGGGUAGAUGAGGCCGCAUCUAAGCCCCAGACUCCUGCUCACCCUCUAUUGCCUGUUGCUGCCAAUCGCGAGCCUUACCAGGCCGAGACGGCCAAGAAUUACCCCGUGCGCUACAUCUUUGACCCCGCCAUCGCCGAAGCAGAAGGCUUGCAGGUCUCGAAAUUCUUCGAGCUGGAGGAGGAGCAGUAUGAGGCUGAGGAGUAA